CGGGCGGGAGCGGGGCUCGAACCCUCGGCGCUCGGGUGCGCCCCGGGAGCCCCGGCGGGGCCACGGCAGCCCGCGGGCCAUGGAGCUGCCCAUGGAUGUGCCCAUGGAUGCGCCCAUGGAUGCGCCCAUGGAGCUGAGCACGGUGCUGCCCUCGGUGCUGCCCUCCGUGCUGCCCUCGGCCGCAGCCACCCCCUGGGGCAACGGCACCGCCUGGGCCCCCCUGCCCGGGCACGGGGGCAACGAGACGGGCCCGCAGAGGGCCAAGAACGCCACGUCCAUCCUGAUCGCCAUCGUCAUCACCGCGCUCUACUCCGUGGUGUGCGUGGUGGGGCUGCUGGGAAACGUCCUGGUCAUGUACGGCAUCGUCAGGUACACCAAGAUGAAGACGGCCACCAACAUCUACAUCUUCAACCUGGCGCUGGCCGACGCGCUGGCCACCAGCACGCUGCCCUUCCAGAGCGCCAAGUACCUCAUGGAGACCUGGCCCUUCGGGGAGCUGCUCUGCAAGGUGGUGCUCUCCAUUGACUACUACAACAUGUUCACCAGCAUCUUCACCCUCACCAUGAUGAGCGUGGACCGCUACGUCGCCGUGUGCCACCCGGUCAAGGCCCUGGACUUCCGGACGCCGGCCAAGGCCAAGAUCAUCAACGUCUGCAUCUGGGUGCUCUCCUCCCUCAUCGGGGUGCCCAUCAUGGUCAUGGCGGUCACCAAGACAAAAGACGGGAUGGUGCUGUGCACCCUGCAGUUCCCCAACCCUCCCAUCUACUGGGACACCGUCACCAAGAUCUGCGUCUUCAUCUUCGCCUUCCUGGUGCCCAUCCUGGUCAUCACCAUCUGCUACGGGCUGAUGAUCCUGCGCCUGAAGAGCGUCCGCCUCCUCUCGGGCUCCAAGGAGAAGGACCGGAACCUGCGGCGCAUCACGCGCAUGGUGCUGGUGGUGGUGGCCGCCUUCAUCAUCUGCUGGACCCCCAUCCACAUCUUCGUCAUCGUCUGGACGCUGGUGGACAUCGACAAGAAGAACCCCUACGUGGUGGCCAGCCUGCACUUCUGCAUCGCCCUGGGCUACACCAACAGCAGCCUCAACCCCGUCCUCUACGCCUUCCUGGACGAGAACUUCAAGCGGUGCUUCCGGGAGUUCUGCCUGCCCUUCCGAGCCCGCGUGGACCAGAACAGCUUCUCCCGCGCCCGGAACACCACGAGGGAGCGGGUGUCCACCUGCACGCCCUCGGAGGCCCCCAACAAGCCGGCAUGACUAGGCGUGGGCAGCCCCCAGCGGGGCUGCCGGGGCCGCGGAGGGGACGACCUGCGCUCGGAGGUCACCCAGGUCACCACCACGGAGUUCUGAGCAGAGCGGUGGCACCGCUGGGUGACGCCCCGGGGGUUGUGCCCACAAUGACUGCAAAGACUUUGGUCGUCCCGGAGAAGCGGGAUGGGGGAACUGGGACUCGCCAGGCAGUGUAAGGAGAGGAUCGGGACAAGAGGUGACCUGGGCAGAGCUGCUCUGCUGCUGCUCCCACCUCAACCAAGGCCACCCAACAAGGGCUGUCACCCUCCCAAACGUGGCUCUCUGCAGAGCCCAGGACACCAGGACUGCAAUGUCCAUGUGCUUCACCUCCUGGGCCAAGGUGGCACCAUAACCCAUGGCAAGAGGGGAAACGCUCCCGUGGCAUAAGGGGACUGUGCCAGGGGGUGAUUGUGGGACCAUGGAAUCAUUCAGGUUGGAAAAGCCCUCUGAGAUCGUGGAGUCCAACCAUUCCCCCAGCACUGCCGAGGCCACCACUGACCCAUGUCCCCGAGUGCCAGAUCCACAUGGUUUUAAAUCCCUGCAGGGAUGGGGACUCCACUACUGCCCUGGGCAGCUGUGCCAGGGCUGGGCAACCUUUUCAGUGAAGAAAUGUUUUCUAAUAUCCAACUUAAACCUCUCCUGGCAUGACCUGAGGCUGUUUCCUCUGCCAGAUCAUGGGACUUCAGUCCAUCCCUCUCUGAGCUGUGUCCAAAAAAACAACCAGAGCUGGGAAGAGAAAAUGAUGCCGCUUCAAAGACUGUAAUUAAAGAGCUCCAGCUCCACACCUGGAGUCCUUCAAUCUGGGACUGCUCCCAGAGAAGAACUUUCUAUCAAUAAUGUCAUUAAUCUGUUAUUUAGAGACCUCUGACUGCAGCCAGGGCAGCCCUGGACAUGGGUGUGAUGCUGGGAAUACGGAUACAGCCAGGGCACACCUGAAGCUCACCCUGUACCAUGUGCCAAUGCCAAAUUCCCCAUGCCCCCUGUCCAUCAGGGUGACAGUGAACUGAUGAAGAUAUUAAGCCUGAGAAGAACCUCAUUAAGGGAGCAAUUUGUGGGAACUCGAGUUGCUUCUCGCAGUGCUAAAGCAAUUAGGAUGGAAUAACAGGCAGUGCCAAGGGCUCUCCCUUCCCUGCCCAUCAGGAGAAGGAUGAGCAACAGCACUGCCCAGAGUUCCAUAGCAGAGACAAAAAGGAUAGGAUGGGGGUUGUGUUAUUUUUUUUUAAGGAGAAGAUGAAAAAACUAUCCCCUUUCUUUCACAGUUCCCCAAGCAGGGACAGAGGCUGUGCAGGCACCGAGAAAGGACCCACAGCCUGCAAGAGGCAGAGGUUUGGGGGUUUCAGCUCUCAUCUGGAUGGAGCAGCAUCCCCCCAGAGGCAUGGCUGAGCUCCAGCUCCCAUCACAUCCUGCAGGAACCACCAUCCAGGAACCUCUGGACCACAUCACCUGCAGCUGAACCGUGACUGAUGGGUCCUCCCACUCCCUGAAUCCCCCCGUCAGCCCCGCCCCACAUCCCUGAGCCACCACUUUUCCUUGCUGUCCCCCUUCCCACCGUCAUUGCCAGGCAGUCAGACAGCCCGGGGAGGAGGAGGGGGAUGCUUGGAGGAAGCAGGAAUGGCAGUGACUGGACAAAUUGGUGCAGCUGGAGGAAGCAGGCGAGCGCUGGGGGCACCUGGGGCUCAUGGGCUGGAGGCAGAGCCUGUCUUGUGUCUGGUUUCUCCAGUUGCAUCAAUUUAGGCUAAUAACGGCCAUUACCUCUCCUCAGCAGCCCCACCUUUCUCCAGAGCCUGUGGAAAUUGCAGCCUUCCCUGUUAGGAAGACAUGAGGCAACCAAAACCAAUUUCUUUUUCAAAGGAAUCAAAUAGGGUGAAAUUGCCCAUUUGGGUCUCAAAUUGGCUGUGCCAGCGGAUCCUCCUCCUCUGCCUGCACUCUGUCAACCUGCCACAGGCAAAAGCCUCUUGCUCAGUGUUACAUCCACUUGGACAUCUCCAGCUCAUGCCCAGGGCUCCUCAGGAUCCCUCUGCAGGCACAGAUGGAGUCCUGGAUCACUGGCUUGGGUUCCUCAUCCUCUGCUGCCACAACUCGUGGAGCAUCGGGCGAGGGAAAGCAGGGUCAGCUCCAGGGCAGGAACUGGGGGGAAACCCCCGAGGUCCCACAAAGCUGAGCUUCAGCUCCUUGAAAAGAGAGACUGAAGUGUCCAGAGGAUUGCAGACCAUCCUUUAGCUGUCCACCCCCACCCACCCCCAGGGCAGAACUCUCAGCAGCCUGUGGUGGGAAAGGUUUGGAGCUGGUUGAUGGCGAGCACUUGACCAUGGUGGGAUUUCAGGAUGUCCCACCAGGCUGGACAUCCCACGCUGUGGAGCAGGACAUCUCGGGGUUCUCUCCUGGCUUGAGCAUGAAGCUGAAUUCCAGCUUGAUAUCUCAAUUUGGGAGGCACCCCUAAAAAAACGUGGUGACCCUAAAUCAGUGAUCUCUUCAACCCGCCAGUGCCUCAGUGCUCCCUAAAAUCCAACCCCGUGAUCAAGGCUGGGAAUGGCACAAGGGAGAGCAGCUUUUCCCACCACAGGGAAGGAACAGGGACACAGGGAAGGUGAAUCCUGCCAUCAGGGAUGAGGCAUCUCUGUCCUGGUGCAGCCCCUCCGAGGACAUGUCAUCGUGCUGGGGAGAUGAGGGAGCCCCCCACGAGUGCUGGGGCCCGUGGGCUGCCCUGAGGCUCCGAAGGCAGUUCAGCCCCCCCAUUUCCUGUCCCCACGGGGCCUUUUUUCCAUCUGCCGAAUUCCCAGCCUGCUGGGAAACGUGCCUGCCAUGGCCUUAAAGCGGGUUAAGAGGCUCCAAGUCAUUAUUUUUUAAAAUGCCACCGUGCUCGGGCAGAGCUCUGAGCCCGGGACACAGCGAGGAACGUGGCUUUGCUGAGCUCCGGGCUUGCUGACUGAAAGAAAGGCAGAAUAUUCCCGGGAAAAACAGGACAUGGAGCACAUGGGGUGACAUGUGGAUCUUGAGCAUCCCGAGCUGGCAGCAGCCCAGCAGGGAUCUGGGGGCUGAUCCAGCUUCUCCCCCCCCAAAAACGCAGCUGCUCCAGCCCAAGGUUUGGGCUGGGAAACUGAGGACAAAUCCUGGCCCAGGGAAACGCCACUGGGAUGCUCAGAGGGAGCUCUGUGUGUAUUUAUAUAAAUAUAUCUGUGUGUAUAUGUGUCUAUAGGUGUAUGAAGUCAAAGUGACCCCCCCACCCCACCCCCUGCUAUAGCAGCUGCCCCGUGUGUGAUGGAGCUGAGUCCGCCGGGUCCACAGCACCUCACAAAGUGCUUCAGCCACUAUUUCCAGCUCCAGCCCUCGGGAUUUUGGGCCUUUUCAGUGGCAUUUCUGUAAAGGAACCCUGCUUUCUAAAAAAUAAAAUAAUAAAGCAAAAUAAACUCGGAGAUAGGAA